AUGUCCGACUCUGCCCAGCUCAAGGAGCUCGUACCGUUCUUGCGCGACAAAAACCCGCAGGUCCGCCAGAUCGCCCUUGCGAAUUUGUUGGGCCAGACGCCCAAGGGCUCGCCCCAUCGGGACAUCUUCUACAGUGGGCUGCGAAGCGGGGGCCUUCAGCAGCCCCAAGAGCCGGAGCUCAUCCGUGAUAUCAAAAUACUAUGCAGAGAUCAGCUGGCAACCGCUCACGAUGCCUUCCGGGCUCUCGUCAAUUUGACGGACAACCCUCUCCUAGUGACCACGCUCUCUGAACCGUCUUUCUUGAAGUUCCUUGUAUCAUACAUUUUGAAUCCCCAAGCAGUCCUCGCGGAUCUCGCAUCAAUGCUCCUCUCAAACCUGAGCGCAACAGCGAGCGUAUGCGUAGCCCUACUAUCCCUCAAGGUGUCUCUCCUUCCGGAUCCCAACUCGCCCAUCAAAUGGUUCCCCGUGGACUCCCGAUGCGGGACCUGUCCCGCACCCGUGCCCUAUCCCUCAGCAGAGCCGAAAGAAGUCCCGGCCUUGCCUCUGCUCAUCGAUGCCUUCGUGAGGGCUGCACCGGGGGUCGAGAUCGCAGAUCGCGCGAAACGAGCCUACCGGGGAGAGUUGCACUUCCUCGCAAGCGUAUUUGCGAACAUGAGCACGAUCCCUGCUGGCCGCGAUUUCUUUUUGACGCCACGCCCAUCCGACCCCUUCGACGAGACUACGGAUCUGGAGUAUCCGCUCGCAAAACUUCUCGCGUUCACCGAGCACAAGGACACGAUCCGGCGCGGGGGCGUCGCAUCAGUAAUCAAAAAUUGCGCCUUCCACACGCCUGCGCAUCGCGCACUCCUGGUAACCGAGGAGGAGAAGGCGACGGUGCCGCCGUCGACGGUCGCGGCGCCGGGAAUAGACAUCCUGCCCUACGUCCUGCUGCCCCUUGCUGGCCCUGAGGAGUUCGAUCUCGAGGAUCAAGAGCUUCUCCCAGCCGCCCUGCAAUUCCUUCCGCCGGACAAGAAGCGUGAGGUUGAUCCCGUCAUCCGGCUGACGCACGUCGAGACGAUGCUCCUGCUGUGCACCACUCGCUGGGGCCGGGACUACCUCCGCACGCACGGGGUAUACGAGGUCGUCCGUGCGCUGCACGAGAACGAAGAGGUCGACAAGAUCUCCGAGGAAGUCGAGCGCCUGGUGAACUACCUCAAGCGGUACGAAGGCCUCCAGACGGCGAAGGACGGAGAGGAACUCAUCAACGCGGCGAAAGUGGAGGAGUCAGACGACGAGGAUUCCAAGAUAGAAGAAGUCUGAGUGUAUCGUUACGGCACCCUGUAGCCUGUAUGCAACUGUAUCCCUAACGCAGACGAGCUUCGAUUUCCC